GUGUUGCAGUGUGUCUUGAUGUCAGCUAAUAUAACUCCACUGUGUUGUAUUUCAGCGUGUCUGAUGUCAGCUAAUAUAACUCCACUGUGUUGUGUUGCAGUGUGUCUUGAUGUCAGCUAAUAUAACUCCACUGUGUUGUGUUGCAGUGUGUCUGAUGGUAAUGACUGAUGUCAGCUAAUAUAACUCCACUGUGUUGUGUUGCAGUGUGUUCUGAUGGUAAUGACUGAUGUCAGCUAAUAUAACACCACUGUGUUGUGUUGCAGUGUGUUCUGAUGGUAAUGACUAAUGUCAGCUAAUAUAACUCCACUGUGUUGUGUUGCAGUGUGUCUGAUGUCAGCUAAUAUAACUCCACUGUGUUGUGUUGCAGUGUGUCUGAUGGUAGUGACUGAUGUCAGCUAAUAUAACUCCACUGUGUUGUGUUGCAGUGUGUCUGAUGGUAAUGACUGAUGUCAGCUAAUAUAACUCCACUGUGUUGUGUUGCAGUGUGUCUGAUGGUAAUGACUGAUGUCAGCUAAUAUAACUCCACUGUGUUGUGUUGCAGUGUGUCUGAUGUCAGCUAAUAUAACUCCACUGUGUUGUGUUGCAGUGUGUCUGAUGGUAAUGACUGAUGUCAGCUAAUAUAACUCCACUGUGUUGUGUUGCAGUGUGUUCUGAUGGUAAUGACUGAUGUCAGCUAAUAUAACACCACUGUGUUGUGUUGCAGUGUGUUCUGAUGGUAAUGACUAAUGUCAGCUAAUAUAACUCCACUGUGUUGUGUUGCAGUGUGUCUGAUGUCAGCUAAUAUAACUCCACUGUGUUGUGUUGCAGUGUGUCUGAUGGUAGUGACUGAUGUCAGCUAAUAUAACUCCACUGUGUUGUGUUGCAGUGUGUCUGAUGUCAGCUAAUAUAACUCCACUGUGUUGUGUUGCAGUGUGUCUGAUGGUAAUGACUGAUGUCAGCUAAUAUAACUCCACUGUGUUGUGUUGCAGUGUGUCUGAUGUCAGCUAAUAUAACUCCACUGUGUUGUGUUGCAGUGUGUCCUGAUGUAAUGACUGAUGUAAGCUAACUCCACUGUGUUGUGUUGCAGUGUGUCUGAUGGUAAUGACUGAUGUCAGCUAAUAUAACUCCACUGUGUUGUGUUGCAGUGUGUCUGAUGUCAGCGAAUAUAACUCCACUGUGUUGUGUUGCAGUGUGUCUGAUGUCAGCUAAUAUAACUCCACUGUGUUGUGUUGCAGUUUGUUCUGAUGGUAAUGACUGAUGUCAGCUAAUAUAACUCCACUGUGUUGUGUUGCAGUGUGUCUGAUGUCAGCUAAUAUAACUCCACUGUGUUGUGUUGCAGUGUGUCUGAUGUCAGCUAAUAUAACUCCACUGUGUUGUGUUGCAGUGUGUCUGAUGUCAGCUAAUAUAACUCCACUGUGUUGUGUUGCAGUGUGUUCUGAUGGUAAUGACUGAUGUCAGCUAAUAUAACUCCACUGUGUUGUGUUGCAGUGUGUCUGAUGUCAGCUAAUAUAACUCCACUGUGUUGUGUUGCAGUUUGUUCUGAUGGUAAUGACUGAUGUCAGCUAAUAUAACUCCACUGUGUUGUGUUGCAGUGUGUUCUGAUGGUAAUGACUGAUGUCAGCUAAUAUAACUCCACUGUGUUGUGUUGCAGUGUGUUCUGAUGUAAUGACUGAUGUCAGCUAAUAUAACUCCACUGUGUUGUGUUGCAGUGUGUUCUGAUGUAAUGACUGAUGUCAGCUAAUAUAACUCCACUGUGUUGUGUUGCAGUGUGUCUGAUGUCAGCUAAUAUAAAUCCACUGUGUUGUGUUGCAGUGUGUCUGAUGGUAAUGACUGAUGUCAGCUAAUAUAACUCCACUGUGUUGUGUUGCAGUGUGUUCUGAUGGUAAUGACUGAUGUCAGCUAAUAUAACACCACUGUGUUGUGUUGCAGUGUGUUCUGAUGGUAAUGACUGAUGUCAGCUAAUAUAACUCCACUGUGUUGUGUUGCAGUGUGUAUUGAUGUCAGCUAAUAUAACUCCACUGUGUUGUGUUGCAGUGUGUCCUGAUGUAAUGACUGAUGUCAGCUAAUAUAACUCCACUGUGUUGUAUUGCAGUGUGUCUUGAUGUCAGCUAAUAUAACUCCACUGUGUUGUGUUGCAGUGUGUCUUGAUGUCAGCUAAUAUAACUCCACUGUGUUGUGUUGCAGUGUGUCCUGAUGUCAGCUAAGCUAACUCCACUGUGUUGUAUUUCAGCGUGUCCUGAUGUCAGCUAACUCCACUGUGUUGUAUUUCAGCGUGUCUGAUGUCAGCUAACUCCACUGUGUUGUAUUUCAGCGUGUCUGAUGUCAGCUAACUCCACUGUGUUGUAUUUCAGCGUGUCCUGAUGUCAGCUAACUCCACUGUGUUGUAUUUCAGCGUGUCUGAUGUCAGCUAACUCCACUGUGUUAUAUUUCAGCGUGUCCUGAUGUCAGCUAAUAUAACUCCACUGUGUUGUGUUGCAGUGUGUCCUGAUGUAAUGACUGAUGUCAGCUAAUAUAACUCCACUGUGUUGUAUUGCAGUGUGUCUUGAUGUCAGCUAAUAUAACUCCACUGUGUUGUGUUGCAGUGUGUCUUGAUGUCAGCUAAUAUAACUCCACUGUGUUGUGUUGCAGUGUGUCCUGAUGUCAGCUAAGCUAACUCCACUGUGUUGUAUUUCAGCGUGUCCUGAUGUCAGCUAACUCCACUGUGUUGUAUUUCAGCGUGUCUGAUGUCAGCUAACUCCACUGUGUUGUAUUUCAGCGUGUCUGAUGUCAGCUAACUCCACUGUGUUGUAUUUCAGCGUGUCCUGAUGUCAGCUAACUCCACUGUGUUGUAUUUCAGCGUGUCUGAUGUCAGCUAACUCCACUGUGUUAUAUUUCAGCGUGUCCUGAUGUCAGCUAAUAUAACUCCACUGUGUUGUGUUGCAGUGUGUCCUGAUGUCAGCUAAUAUAACUCCACUGUGUUAUAUUUCAGCGUGUCUGGGUUCACAUCGUGUGGGCAUCAACAACCCUGAUUCCAACGUCCCUUCAGACCUCAGGACCUGUGUCAAAGGUUGGUUAAGGUUAGAGGUGGUUAUUGGGGUCAGAGGUUAGGGCUACGCAGGACGGAUUGAAUGGGCUGGCCCGUGGGCCGUAUGUUUGUCACCCCUGGUUUAGGGGUAGGGUGCUGGCCCGCGGGGCCGUGUAUUUGACACCCCUGGUUUAGGGCAGGGUUUCCCAAACUCUGUCCUGGGCCCCCCCCUGGGUGAAUGUUUUGGUUGUUGUCCUAGCUCUACAAAAGCUGAUUCAAAUAACCAACUCAUCAUCAAGCUUUGACUAUUUGAAUCAGCUGUGUAGUGCUGGGGUAAAAUUCAAAACAUGCACCCAGGGGGGGGGGGGGCCCAGGACCGAGUUUGGGAAACCCUGGUUUAGGGGUAGGGGGUGUCCAGGCACGUGUCUGCCUGUUUGGUUUGUGGUUGUUGUGUUGUUGAAAUGUGAAAUCUGCUGCAGUGCUUCUGGUCAUAUUUGUUCUGUAUAUUCAUGUCCUGUCUGGAUACCUGUAUGUGUUAUGUCCUGUCUGGAUACCUGUAUGUGUUCUGUAUUGUCAUGUCCUGUCUGGAUACCUGUAUGUGUUAUGUCCUGUCUGGAUACCUGUAUGUGUUCUGUAUAGUCAUGUCCUGUCUGGAUACCUGUAUGUGUUCUGUAUAGUCAUAUCCUGUCUGGAUACCUGUAUGUGUUCUGUAUAGUCAUGUCCUGUCUGGAUACCUGUAUGUGUUCUGUAUAGUCAUGUCCUGUCUGGAUACCUGUAUGUGUUCUGUAUAGUCAUGUCCUGUCUGGAUACCUGUAUGUGUUCUGUAUAGUCAUGUCCUGUCUGGAUACCUGUAUGUGUUCUGUAUAGUCAUGUCCUGUCUGGAUACCUGUAUGUGUUCUGUAUAGUCAUGUCCUGUCUGGAUACCUGUAUGUGUUCUGUAUAGUCAUGUCCUGUCUGGAUACCUGUAUGUGUUCUGUAUAGUCAUGUCCUGUCUGGAUACCUGUAUGUGUUCUGUAUAGUUAUGUCCUGUCUGGACACCUGUAUGUGUUCUGUAUAGUCAUGUCCUGUCUGGAUACCUGUAUGUGUUCUGUAUAGUCAUGUCCUGUCUGGAUACCUGUAUGUGUUCUGUAUAGUCAUGUCCUGUCUGGAUACCUGUAUGUGUUCUGUAUAGUCAUGUCCUGUCUGGAUACCUGUAUGUGUUAUGUCCUGUCUGGAUACCUGUAUGUGUUCUGUAUAGUCAUGUCCUGUCUGGAUACCUGUAUGUGUUAUGUCCUGUCUGGAUACCUGUAUGUGUUCUGUAUAUUCAUGUCCUGUCUGGAUACCUGUAUGUGUUAUGUCCUGUCUGGAUACCUGUAUGUGUUCUGUAUAGUCAUGUCCUGUCUGGAUACCUGUAUGUGUUCUGUAUAGUCAUGUCCUGUCUGGAUACCUGUAUGUGUUCUGUAUAGUCAUGUCCUGUCUGGAUACCUGUAUGUGUUCUGUAUAUUAAUGUCCUGUCUGGAUACCUGUAUGUGUUCUGUAUAGUCAUGUCCUGUCUGGAUACCUGUAUGUGUUAUGUCCUGUCUGGAUACCUGUAUGUGUUCUGUAUAGUCAUGUCCUGUCUGGAUACCUGUAUGUGUUCUGUAUAGUCAUGUCCUGUCUGGAUACCUGUAUGUGUUCUGUAUAGUCAUGUCCUGUCUGGAUACCUGUAUGUGUUCUGUAUAGUCAUGUCCUGUCUGGAUACCUGUAUGUGUUAUGUCCUGUCUGGAUACCUGUAUGUGUUCUGUAUAGUCAUAUCCUGUCUGGAUACCUGUAUGUGUUCUGUAUAGUCAUGUCCUGUCUGGAUACCUGUAUGUGUUCUGUAUAGUCAUGUCCUGUCUGGAUACUUGUAUGUGUUCUGUAUAGUUAUGUCCUGUCUGGAUACCUGUAUGUGUUCUGUAUAGUCAUGUCCUGUCUGGAUACCUGUAUGUGUUCUGUAUAGUCAUAUCCUGUCUGGAUACCUGUAUGUGUUAUGUCCUGUCUGGAUACCUGUAUGUGUUCUGUAUAGUCAUGUCCUGUCUGGAUACCUGUAUGUGUUCUGUAUAGUCAUGUCCUGUCUGGAUACCUGUAUGUGUUAUGUCCUGUCUGGAUACCUGUAUGUGUUCUGUAUAGUCAUAUCCUGUCUGGAUACCUGUAUGUGUUCUGUAUAGUCAUGUCCUGUCUGGAUACCUGUAUGUGUUCUGUAUAGUCAUGUCCUGUCUGGAUACCUGUAUGUGUUCUGUAUAGUCAUAUCCUGUCUGGAUACCUGUAUGUGUUCUGUAUAUUCAUGUCCUGUCUGGAUACCUGUAUGUGUUAUGUCCUGUCUGGAUACCUGUAUGUGUUCUGUAUAGUCAUGUCCUGUCUGGAUACCUGUAUGUGUUCUGUAUAGUCAUGUCCUGUCUGGACACCUGUAUGUGUUCUGUAUAGUCAUGUAUUGUCUGGAUACCUGUAUGUGUUCUGUAUAGUCAUGUCCUGUCUGGAUACCUGUAUGUGUUCUGUAUAGUCAUGUCCUGUCUGGAUACCUGUAUGUGUUCUGUAUAGUCAUGUCCUGUCUGGAUACCUGUAUGUGUUCUGUAUAGUCCUGUCCUGUCUGGAUACCUGUAUGUGUUCUGUAUAGUCAUGUCCUGUCUGGAUACCUGUAUGUGUUCUGUAUAGUCAUGUCCUGUCUGGAUACCUGUAUGUGUUCUGUAUAGUCAUGUCCUGUCUGGAUACCUGUAUGUGUUCUGUAUAGUCAUGUCCUGUCUGGAUACCUGUAUGUGUUAUGUCCUGUCUGGAUACCUGUAUGUGUUCUGUAUAGUCAUGUCCUGUCUGGAUACCUGUAUGUGUUCUGUAUAGUCAUGUCCUGUCUGGAUACCUGUAUGUGUUCUGUCCUGUCUGGAUACCUGUAUGUGUUCUGUAUAGUCAUAUCCUGUCUGGAUACCUGUAUGUGUUCUGCAUAGUCAUAUCCUGUCUGGAUACCUGUAUGUCUAGACUUUGGUCUGAAGUUUAUAAGAGUGUGGAUUCUAUUUUGUUAUAUGUGUGUUGUGUGAAUGUUAUAUUUGGACAUUGUGUAUAUUAUAUGUGUGUCUGUGUGUUGUUCUGCAGAGAUCAGUAACCAGUGCCUUCCGUUUCCGUGUUACAAGGAGGGUUCUGAACGCUGCAUCGAUGGCAAGGCCUCCUUCACCUGUCGGUGUAGACCAGGCUGGAAGGGUCCGCGCUGUGAGGAUGGUGGGUACCGUAUAGACAGGGUUAGGGUUGGGGUUAGGGUUAGACAGGCCUCCUUCACCUGUCGGUGUAGACCAGGCUGGAAGGGUCCGCGCUGUGAGGAUGGUGGGGUACCGUAUAGACAGGGUUAGGGUUGGGGUUAGGGUUAGACAGGCCUCCUUCACCUGUCGGUGUAGACCAGGCUGGAAGGGUCCGCGCUGUGAGGAUGGUGGGGUACCGUAUAGACAGGGUUAGGGUUGGGGUUAGGGUUAGACAGGCCUCCUUCACCUGUCGGUGUAGACCAGGCUGGAAGGGUCCGCGCUGUGAGGAUGGUGGGUACCGUAUAGACAGGGUUAGGGUUGGGGUUAGGGUUAGACAGGCCUCCUUCACCUGUCGGUGUAGACCAGGCUGGAAGGGUCCGCGCUGUGAGGAUGGUGGGGGUACCGUAUAGACAGGGUUAGGGUUGGGGUUAGGGUUAGACAGGACUCCUUCACCUGUCGGUGUAGACCAGGCUGGAAGGGUCCGCGCUGUGAGGAUGGUGGGGUACCGUAUAGACAGGGUUAGGGUUGGGGUUAGGGUUAGACAGGCCUCCUUCACCUGUCGGUGUAGACCAGGCUGGAAGGGUCCGCGCUGUGAGGAUGGUGGGGUACCGUAUAGACAGGGUUAGGGUUGGGGUUAGGGUUAGACAGGCCUCCUUCACCUGUCGGUGUAGACCAGGCUGGAAGGGUCCGCGCUGUGAGGAUGGUGGGGUACCGUAUAGACAGGGUUAGGGUUGGGGUUAGGGUUAGACAGGCCUCCUUCACCUGUCGGUGUAGACCAGGCUGGAAGGGUCCGCGCUGUGAGGAUGGUGGGGUACCGUAUAGACAGGGUUAGGGUUGGGGUUAGGGUUAGACAGGCCUCCUUCACCUGUCGGUGUAGACCAGGCUGGAAGGGUCCGCGCUGUGAGGAUGGUGGGGUACCGUAUAGACAGGGUUAGGGUUGGGGUUAGGGUUAGACAGGCCUCCUUCACCUGUCGGUGUAGACCAGGCUGGAAGGGUCCGCGCUGUGAGGAUGGUGGGUACCGUAUUGACAGGGUUUCCCCAUACUACAGAUCUUUCCUGUUGGUUCCUGCUUAAUACUGGUCCUGGCUUAAUACUGGGUCCUGCUUAAUACUGGGUCCUGGCUUAAUACUGGGUCCUGCUUAAUACUGGGUCCUGCUUAAUACUGGGUCCUGGCUUAAUACUGGGUCCUGCUUAAUACUGGGUCCUGGCUUAAUACUGGGUCCUGGCUUAAUACUGGGUCCUGGUUUAAUACUGGGUCCUGCUUAAUACUGGGUCCUGCUUAAUACUGGGUCCUGCUUAAUACUGGGUCCUGGCUUAAUACUGGGUCCUGCUUAAUACUGGGUCCUGGCUUAAUACUGGGUCCUGGCUUAAUACUGGGUCCUGGCUUAAUACUGGGUCCUGGCUUAAUACUGGGUCCUGCUUAAUACUGGGUCCUGCUUAAUACUGGGUCCUGGCUUAAUACUGGGUCCUGGCUUAAUACUGGGUCCUGCUUAAUACUGGGUCCUGGCUUAAUACUGGGUCCUGCUUAAUACUGGUCCUGCUUAAUACUGGGUCCUGCUUAAUUCUGGGUCCUGGCUUAAUACUGGGUCCUGGCUUAAUACUGGGUCCUGGCUUAAUACUGGGUCCUGCUUAAUACUGGGUCCUGCUUAAUACUGGGUCCUUGCUUAAUACUGGGUCCUGGCUUAAUACUGGGUCCUGCUUAAUACUGGGUCCUGGCUUAAUACUGGGUCCUUGCUUAAUACUGGGUCCUGGCUUAAUACUGGGUCCUGCUUAAUACUGGGUCCUGCUUAAUACUGGGUCCUGGCUUAAUACUGGGUCCUGGCUUAAUACUGGGUCGCUGGUUUCAAUCUGGCUCGAAGGACACACUUUUUUCUUGAAACUCGAAAAGCUUGGCCAGUAACGUUGGUGUUGCUGACUGACUAGGUCACAGUUCCUCCCAGUAACAGGAAUUGAGCCGAGUUUCUAGUCAAUGAAUCCAUGUUUUGUUAUUAUUGAAUAAUGAUGUUAUUGAUUGUUUUAUUGAUCAGACAUCGACGAGUGUUCGGACCCAGAUCACCCAGCCGGAUGCAACCAGAAGUGUUACAACUCCCCCGGUAGCUUCCGCUGUAUGUGUGAUGACGGGUACCGGUUCAGAACCAAUGACAAGAUCCACUGUACAGGUAACAGUUACUGUUAUAUAGAUCCACUGUAUAGGAAACAGUUACUGUUAUAUAGAUCCACUGUAUAGGAAACAGUUACUGUUAUAUAGAUCCACUGUACAGGAAACAGUUACUGUUAUAUAGAUCCACUGUACAGGAACCAGUUACUGUUAUAUAGAUCCACUGUACAGGAAACAGUUACUGUUAUAUAGAUCCACUGUACAGGAAACAGUUACUGUUAUAUAGAUCCACUGUACAGUUACUGUUAUAUAGAUCCACUGUACAGGAAACAGUUACUGUUAUAUAGAUCCACUGUACAGGAAACAGUUACUGUUAUAUAGAUCCACUGUACAGGAAACAGUUACUGUUAUAUAGAUCCACUGUACAGGAAACUGUUAUAUAGAUCCACUGUACAGGUAACAGUUACUGUUAUAUAGAUCCACUGUACAGGAAACAGUUACUGUUAUAUAGAUCCACUGUACAGGUAACAGUUACUGUUAUAUAGAUCCACUGUACAGGAAACAGUUACUGUUAUAUAGAUCCACUGUACAGUUACUGUUAUAUAGAUCCACUGUACAGGUAACAGUUACUGUUAUAUAGAUCCACUGUACAGGAAACAGUUACUGUUAUAUAGAUCCACUGUACAGGAAACAGUUACUGUUAUAUAGAUCCACUGUACAGGUAACAGUUACUGUUAUAUAGACCACUGUACAUUUACUGUUAUAUAGAUCCACUGUACAGGUAACAGUUACUGUUAUAUAGAUCCACUGUACAGGUAACAGUUACUGUUAUAUAGACCACUGUACAGGUAACAGUUACUGUUAUAUAGAUCCACUGUACAGGAAACAGUUACUGUUAUAUAGAUCCACUGUACAUUUACUGUUAUAUAGAUCCACUGUACAGGUAACAGUUACUGUUAUAUAGAUCCACUGUACAGGAAACAGUUACUGUUAUAUAGAUCCACUGUACAGGAAACAGUUACUGUUAUAUAGAUCCACUGUACAGGUAACAGUUACUGUUAUAUAGAUCCACUGUACAGGUAACAGUUACUGUUAUAUAGAUCCACUGUACAGUUACUGUUAUAUAGAUCCACUGUACAGGUAACAGUUACUGUUAUAUAGAUCCACUGUACAGGUAACAGUUACUGUUAUAUAGAUCCACUGUACAGGUAACAGUUACUGUUAUAUAGAUCCACUGUACAGGUAACAGUUACUGUUAUAUAGAUCCACUGUACAGGAAACAGUUCUAGUCUAGAAUGUAGUUUAGACUCUAGAUUUGCAGGCCCAGACUCUAGUCUAGAAUGUAGUUUAGACUCUAGAUUAGAAUCUAGACUAGAAUGUAGUUUAGACUCUAGAUUUGCAGGCCCAGACUCUAGUCUAGAAUGUAGUUUAGACUCUAGAUUAGAAUCUAGAUUAGAAUGUAGUUUAGACUCUAGAUUUGCAGGCCCAGACUCUAGUCUAGAAUGUAGUUUAGACUCUAGAUUAGAAUCUAGAUUAGAAUGUAGUUUAGACUCUAGAUUUGCAGGCCCAGACUCUAGUCUAGAAUGUAGUUUAGACUCUAGAUUAGAAUCUAGAUUAGAAUGUAGUUUAGACUCUAGAUUUGCAGGCCCAGACUCUAGUCUCGAAUGUAGUUUAGACUCUAGAUUAGAAUCUAGACUAGAAUGUAGUUUAGACUCUAGAUUUGCAGGCCCAGACUCUAGUCUAGAAUGUAGUUUAGACUCUAGAUUAGAAUCUAGAUUAGAAUGUAGUUUAGACUCUAGAUUUGCAGGCCCAGACUCUAGUCUAGAAUGUAGUUUAGACUCUAGAUUAGAAUCUAGAUUAGAAUGUAGUUUAGACUCUAGAUUUGCAGGCCCAGACUCUAGUCUCGAAUGUAGUUUAGACUCUAGAUUAGAAUCUAGAUUAGAAUGUAGUUUAGACUCUAGAUUUGCAGGCCCAGACUCUAGUCUAGAAUGUAGUUUAGAAUAUAGUUUAGACUCUAGAUUUGCAGGCCCAGACUCUAGAUUAGAAUGUAGUUUAGACUCUAGAUUUGCAGGCCCAGACUCUAGAUUAGAAUAUAGUUUAGACUCUAGAUUUGCAGGCCCAGACUCUAGUCUAGAAUGUAGUUUAGACUCUAGAUUAGAAUCUAGACUAUAAUGUAGUUUAGACUCUAGAUUUGCAGGCCCAGACUCUAGUCUAGAAUGUAGUUUAGACUCUAGAUUAGAAUCUAGAUUAGAAUGUAGUUUAGACUCUAGAUUUGCAGGCCCAGACUCUAGUCUAGAAUGUAGUUUAGACUCUAGAUUAGAAUCUAGAUUAGAAUGUAGUUUAGACUCUAGAUUUGCAGGCCCAGACUCUAGUCUAGAAUGUAGUUUAGACUCUAGAUUAGAAUCUAGACUAGAAUGUAGUUUAGACUCUAGAUUUGCAGGCCCAGACUCUAGUCUAGAAUGUAGUUUAGACUCUAGAUUAGAAUCUAGAUUAGAAUGUAGUUUAGACUCUAGAUUUGCAGGCCCAGACUCUAGUCUAGAAUGUAGUUUAGACUCUAGAUUAGAAUCUAGAUUAGAAUAUAGUUUAGACUCUAGAUUUGCAGGCCCAGACUCUAGUCUAGAAUGUAGUUUAGACUCUAGAUUAGAAUCUAGACUAGAAUGUAGUUUAGACUCUAGAUUUGCAGGCCCAGACUCUAGUCUAGAAUGUAGUUUAGACUCUAGAUUUGCAGGCCCAGACUCUAGUCUAUAAUGUAGUUUAGACUCUAGAUUAGAAUCUAGACUAGAAUGUAGUUUAGACUCUAGAUUUGCAGGCCCAGACUCUAGUCUAGAAUGUAGUUUAGACUCUAGAUUAGAAUCUAGACUAGAAUGUAGUUUAGACUCUAGAUUUGCAGGCCCAGACUCUAGUCUAGAAUGUAGUUUAGACUCUAGAUUUGCAGGCCCAGACUCUAGUCUAUAAUGUAGUUUAGACUCUAGAUUAGAAUCUAGACUAGAAUGUAGUUUAGACUCUAGAUUUGCAGGCCCAGACUCUAGUCUAGAAUGUAGUUUAGACUCUAGAUUAGAAUCUAGACUAGAAUGUAGUUUAGACUCUAGAUUUGCAGGCCCAGACUCUAGUCUAGAAUGUAGUUUAGACUCUAGAUUAGAAUCUAGAUUAGAAUAUAGUUUAGACUCUAGAUUUGCAGGCCCAGACUCUAGAUUAGAAUGUAGUUUAGACUCUAGAUUUGCAGGCCCAGACUCUAGUCUAGAAUGUAGUUUAGACUCUAGAUUUGCAGGCCCAGACUCUAGUCUAGAAUGUAGUUUAGACUCUAGAUUUGCAGGCCCAGACUCUAGUCUAGAAUGUAGUUUAGACUCUAGAUUUGCAGGCCCAGACUCUAGUCUAGAAUGUAGUUUAGACUCUAGAUUAGAAUCUAGAUUAGAAUGUAGUUUAGACUCUAGAUUUGCAGGCCCCAGACUCUAGUCUAGAAUGUAGUUUAGACUCUAGAUUAGAAUCUGACUAGAAUGUAGUUUAGACUCUAGAUUUGCAGGCCCAGACUCUAGUCUAGAAUGUAGUUUUAGACUCUAGAUUUGCAGGCCCCAGACUCUAGUCUAGAAUGUAGUUUAGACUCUAGAUUAGAAUCUAGAUUAGAAUGUAGUUUAGACUCUAGAUUGCAGGCCCAGACUCUAGUCUUAGAAUGUAGUUUAGACUCUAGAUUAGAAUCUAGAUUAGAAUGUAGUUUAGACUCUAGAUUUGCAGGCCCAGACUCUAGUCUGAAUGUAGUUUAGACUCUAGAUUAGAAUCUAGAUUAGAAUGUAGUUUAGACUCUAGAUUUGCAGGCCCAGACUCUAGUCUAGAAUGUAGUUUAGACUCUAGAUUUGCAGGCCCAGACUCUAGUUUAGAAUGUAGUUUAGACUCUAGAUUUGCAGGCCCAGACUCUAGUUUAGACCAACAGAGGAAGAUGGCUGACCAGUACAGUGUUACAUAAGAGUGUUUAAACCUCAGGGUCAUUGACCAUCUCUGUUACCAGAAACAGGCUUCAGUCUCAAUGACUGUUUCUGCUUGUGCACCCUCUUGUGGUAAUGUCUGUGUGAUUGUCUAGUGACCAAACCAAACCUCCAUAUUACCCACUCACACUGAAGAUGUCAAGAUGUCUGUGUCCCCUCCCCAGAUAUCAAUGAGUGUCUGCUGUACCCCCAGUAUCUGUGAGGAACCAGCUAAAUGUGUCCCCUCCCCAGAUAUCAAUGAGUGUCUGCUGUACCCCAGUAUCUGCGAGGAACCAGCUAAAUGUGUCAACACCCCUGGCAUGUAUGAGUGCCAGUGUCCCCCGGGCUUCAAAUACAACUUCACCUUACGCUCCUGUUUGGGUGAGAGGCCGCUCCACUGAUGUUGUACCAACACUCACCACACGAGGGAGACACUUAACACUCAUUUUAUUCAAGAGGGCGUAACGGGAACGUUUUUGGUAUCAGCUGAUCCUAACCCUGACCUGUACCUCCUGUAAUGACCUCUGCCCUCUCUCUCUCUCUCUCUCUCUCUCUCUCUCUCUCUCUCUCUCUCUCUCUCUCUCCUCUCUCUCUCUCUCUCUCUCUCUCUCUCUCUCUCUCUCUCUCUCUCUCUGUCUCUCUCUCUCUCUCUCUCUCUCUCUGCCUGACACUCAUGCCUUGUCCCAGAUGUGGAUGAGUGUGAGGUGGGUGUGUGUGGGGGUGAGUGUGUGAACGCGAUGGGCAGCUACUCUUGCCACUGCGACGGCCGUCGGGGCCUACGGCUAGCCGAGGACCGGAGCUCCUGUGAGGAGGUCCCAGUGUGUGUCCAGCUCUAUGACUACAAGCAUGCUGAGAUGCUGUACCUGGGAGAACAGUUCACUGGAGGGCCUGUCAUAUACCUCCGCUUCAGACUACCAGAGAACACCAAGUAAGGGGUUAAAGACAGACACACACACUAAGUUCUGUUCAGUACACAGCUGUACCCUAAUCGUCCAUGUCGCCUGGUCCGCGUGUCUCCAGGUUUGCUGCAGAGUUUGACUUCCGUACGUUUGAUCCAGAGGGGGUGAUUCUCUACGCGGAGUCUUCCCAGGACUCGUGGUUCAUGCUGGGGCUGAGGGAAGGACGCAUCGAGGUCCAGUUCAAGAACCAACACUCCCUCAAGGUCACCAGUGGGGGCAAGGCCAUCAACGAUGGUCAGUGGCAUGUGGUAAGAUGCCUGGGUGGGUUACAUUACUGAUUUGGUUUUAUCGUCACUAGCUGUUUCUAUUUAGUAAUCUGCCCAACCUGAGGGCCUGUCUUUAGUAAUCUGCCCAACCUGAGGGCCUGUCUUUAGUAAUCUGCCCAACCUGAGGGCCUGUCUUUAGUAAUCUGCCCAACCUGAGGGCCUGUCUUUAGUAAUCUGCCCAACCUGAGGGCCUGUCUUUAGUAAUUUGCCCAACCUGAGGGCCUGUCUUUAGUAAUCUGACCAACCUGAGGGCCUGUCUUUAGUAAUCUGACCAACCUGAGGGCCUGUCUUUAGUAAUCUGCCCAACCUGAGGGCCUGUCUUUAGUAAUCUGCCCAACCUGAGGGCCUGUCUUUAGUAAUCUGCCCAACCUGAGGGCCUGUCUUUAGUAAUUUGCCCAACCUGAGGGCCUGUCUUUUUGUUGCCCAGAUGGGUUCCAUCUGGAUCCAGUGUUAAGAUGCGGUGAUGUUAUAUAUAUAUAUAUACUACUGUUCAAAAGUUUGGGGUCACUUAGAAAUGUCAUUUUUUUCGAAAUAAAAGCAAUUUUUUUGUCCAUUAUAAUAACAUCAAAUUGAUCAGAAAUACAGUGUAGACAUUGUUAAUGUUGUAAAUGGCUAUUGUAGCUGGAAACGGCUGAUUUUUAAUGGAAUAUCUACAUAGGCGUACAGAGGCCCAUUAUCAGCAACCAUCAGUCCUGUGUUCCAAUGGCACAUUGUGUUUGCUAAUCCAAGUUUAUCAUUUUAAAAGGCUAAUUGAUCAUUAGAAAACCCUUUUUGCAAUGAUGUUAGCACAGCUGAAAACUGUUGUGCUGAUUAAAGAAGCAAUAAAACUGGCCUUCUUGAGACUAGUUGAGUAUCUGGAGCAUCAGCAAUUGUGGGUUCGAUUACAGGCUCAAAACGACCAGAAACAAAAAACUUUCUUCUGAAACUCGUCAGUCUAUUCUUGUUCUGAGAAAUGAAGGCUAUUCCAUGCGAGAAAUUGCCAAGAAACUGAAGAUCUCGUACAACGCUGUGUACUACUCCCUUCACAGAACAGCGCAAACUGGCUCUGACCAGAAUAGAAAGAGGAGUGGGAGGCCCCGGUGCACAACUGAGCAAGAGGUCAAAUACAUUAGAGUGUCUAGUUUGAGAAGCAGAUGCCUCACAGGUCCUCAACUAAAUGUCUAAGUGACCCCAAGCUUUUGAACGGUAGUGUAUAUUUAUGUAGACAUAUACAGUGGGGAGAACAAGUAUUUGAUACACUGUCGAUUACUUGUUCUCCCCACUGUAUUUAUAUAAUGAAUAUGAAUUCGGAGGGCAGAAAUGAUUAAAUAUUAAAGCAUUAGACUAAAGGCUUCAGUCAUACAAAAGUUAUACUUAAAUCCGAACUGGUUCUCUAGCAAAUUAGUAAGAUUGUCUCACCCCAUGUUCAAGAAUGGCCUUUUUCCCUUUAUUCAGAUUACAACCUCUCACUUUCAGUUAUUUGAAAAGGAAAUAAUCUCCCAAAUAUCACUAUUUCUAAAACAAGCCAUAGAAAGUUGGUUGCAAUUUCAGUUUAAUCCACCAGAAAAGACAGAACAAAUAUUACAACAAAUAUUAUGGUUAAACUCAAAUAUACUAAUUGACAAAAAAAACAUUAUUUUUUGAAUUUCUUUUUUUUUUUUAUGGUAUAAUCUUUGUAAAUGAUAUCAUAAAUAGGACUGGUGGAGUUAUGUCACAAAAAUAUAUGGAAAUGUCUGCUCUAUCCAAAAUGACAACCAACUGAUUGCAGCAUUACCGCCAAAAUGGAGGAGGCAAGUGGAAAGGGGGAGAAGGUAAGGAACUUGUCUGUCGGCAUUAAAGACAAAAGAUUGGCUAAAGAAAAUAGUGAUAAAUAAAAAAAGUAUACCAGUUUCAUUUAAGGACCAAAAAAAUCACAGAUGCGCCGUACAGGCUGCAAAAUAGUUGUGGGGGGGAGAUUUUUUCGAUGUACCGAUUCCAAGGCACUGUCAGGAGGCUGGUGUGGAUGUGGUGUGGGAAUCAAGCGCAGGACACAGAAGCUUCGUCUAACCAGACUUUACUUUGACGACGAUAAAAAUAACAACACGGGCCAAACCCGGAGGCGAACGAUUACGCAGCAGUGCGUAAAACACCAAAUAUACAGAAUUGUCACGAUCGUCGUAGAGAGUAGACCAAUGCGCAGCGUUGGUUGCGAACAUACUUAACUUUAUUAUCUUAAGUGAUAAUAUAACAAUAAACGAAACGUGCAGUCCUACGGUUAACACGGAAACAAACCAAACGGAAACAAGAUCCCACAAACACUAAGGGAAACAGACUGUUUAAAUAUGGCUCCCAAUCAGAGACAACCAGCAACAGCUGACACUCGUUGCCUCUGAUUGGGAGCCACUCUGGCCAACAUAGAAAACUCCCACACAGAACAUAAACACAUAGAAUCUACACACCCUGGCUCAACAUAUAGAGUCCCCAGAGCCAGGGUGUGACAAGAAUAGGGCACGAAAACUGUGCGACGGUAAUAAACACAAGACUGCGCCAAAAGACAGGCGGAACAAAUACACACAACACACGACUAACGAACGAGAAACUUAUAGGAUACAAAAUUAACACUAAAAGGGAACAGGUGUACAAGAAGACAAAACCAAACAAACAUCGAUAACAUACAACGGUGGUAGCUAGUACUCCGGGGACGAAGACCGCCGAAGCCUGCCCGAGCAAGGAGGAGGAGCAGACUCGGCCGAAACCGUGACAGGCACAUGGUUUAUGAACGGAUACACAAAACGAUGCCGGAUUCAAAAAAUAGUUUUUCAAUUUAACUAUUAUACAAAAUUAUUGCGACCAAUAGAAUGUUAUGUACAGUGCAUUCUGAAAGUAUUCAGACCCCUUGAUUUUUUCCACAUUUUGUUACGUUACAGGCUUACUCUAAAAUUGAUUAAAUAUAUUUUUUUCUCAACAAGCUACAAAGCAAAAACAGGUUUUUAGAAAUGUUUGCAAAUGUAUAACAAAUCAAAAACUGAAAUAUCACAUUUACAUAAGUAUUCAAACCCUUUACUCAGUACUUCGUUGAAGCACCUUUGGCAGCGAUUACAGCCUCGAGUCUUCUUGGGUAUGGCGCUACAAGCUUGGCACACCUGUAUUUGGGGAGUUUCUCCCAUUCUUCUCUGCAGAUCCUCUCAAGCUCUGUCAGGUUGGAUGGGGAGCGAUGCUGCACAGCUAUUUUCAGGUCUCUCCAGAGAUGUUCGAUCAGGUUAAAGUCCAGGCUCUGGCUGGGCCACUCAAGGACAUUCAGAGACUUGUCCCGAAGCCAGUCCUGCACUGACUUGUCUCCCAGUCCCUUCCUCUGAAAAACAUCCCCACAACAUGAUGCUGCCACCACCAUGCUUCAUUGUAGGGAUGGUGCCAGGUUUCCUCCAGACGUGACACUUGGCAUUCAGGCCAAAGAGUUCAAUCUUGGUUUCAUCAGACCAGAGAAUCUUGUUUCUCAUGGUCUGUGAGUCAUUUAAGUGCCUUUUGGCAAACUCCAAGCGGGCUGUCAUGUGCCUUUUACCGAGGAGUGGCUUCCGUCUGGCCACUCUACCAUAAAGGCCUGAUUGGUGGAGUGCUGCAGAGAUGGUUGUCCUUCUGGAAGGUUCUCCCAUCUCCACAGAGGAACUCUGGACCUCUGUCAGAGUAACCAUCGGGUUCUUGGUCACCUCCCUGACCAAGGACCUUUACCCCCGAUUGCUCAGUUUGGCCGGGCGGCCAGCUCUAGGAAGAGUCUUGGUGGUUCCAAACUUAUUCCAUUUAAGAAUUGGGGGCCACUGUGAUCUUGGGGACCUUCAAUUCUACAGACAUUUUUUGGUACCCUUCCCCAGAUCUGUGCCUCGACACAAUCCUGUCUCGGAGCUCUACGGACAAUUCCUUCAACCUCAUGGCUUGGUUUUUGCUCUGACAUGCACUGUCAACUGUGGGACCUUACAUAGACAGGUGUGUGCCUUUCCAAAUCAUGUCCAAUCAAUUGGAUUUACCACAGGUGGACUCCAAUCAAGUUGUAGAAACAUCUAAAGGAUGAUCAAUGGAAACAGGAUGCACCUGAGCUCAAUUUUGAGUCUCAUGGCAAAGGGUCUGAAUACUUAUGAAAAUAAGGUAUUUCUGUUUUUGGUUUGUAAUAUAUUUGCAGAAAUUUCAAAAAACCUGUUUUUGCUUUGUCACUAUAGGAUAUUGUGUGUAGAUUAAUGAUUAAUUAAUUUUUUUUAAUCCAUUUUAGAAUAAGGCUGUAACGUAACAAAAUGUGGAAAAAGUCAAGGGGUCUGAAUACUUUCCGAAUGCACUGUAUACGGGGGAUACAACCAUCCCAGCUCUUCAGAUUUUGCUGCUAAGAGAUCAUUUGUUUUAGAUCAUUUGUUUUGGUACUGCCCAUAUGUAGCUUGUCUUUUGUCACAGGUUCAGGAAUGGCUGAAAAAUUGCAACAUUUACCUGGAGAAAACUCUGCAAAUAACACUGCUGGGUGAUUUGAAAAGUCAUAGCCAAUCAAUCAAUAAUAAAAUAAUACUCUUAGAAAAUGUGUUUAUCUUUCAUUUACAGUCUGUAGAAAACUAUGAGAAUUCAAAAGGUUCAGAACUUUUGUGAAACAUCACAGCACAGUUGAAAAAUAUAUGGCAGCUAGAAAUCAAAACUGGAUGGUGUUCAGAGAUAGAUGGGAGGGGUUGAGGGUAGCUGAAGGAUGGGAUUAAAAACAAACAAAAGAUAACUCAUGUAAAAUAUACUGUCUGUGAAAUGUAUGUAGUAUGCAUAAGCUGGAAGUGGAAGCAUAAGUGUUAUUGUCCAUUAGUUUGCUCCAAUUAGGGGAGGGGUGGUAGGGUUAGGGGAAAAUAAUAAAGGAAAUAUAUUUCAAAAAAUAUUUAUUUUAAAUAUUUAUAUUUUUAAAACAAAUAUAUAUAUAUAUAUAUAUAUAUAUAUAUAUAUAUAUAUAUAUAUAUAUAUAUAUAUAUAUAUAUAUAUAUGGGGUUUGGAAAUUACAUUGAUAGAAGCCACAAUCUGUCUGCAAUAUUAAAGCUGAUCUAACCCAUAAAAAAAUGAAAGAUCCGGCGAUGUUUUAUUAUUGUGAUGUAAUGUUGAUGUUGUUGUUGUUGUUGUUGUGUAAUGCUGUUGAUGUUGUGUAAUGUUGAUGUUGUUGUUGUUGUGUAAUGCUGUUGAUGUUGUGUAAUGCUGUUGUUGUUGUGUAAUGUUGUUGUGUAAUGUUGUUGUUGUGUGUUGUUGUUGUUGUUGUGUAAUGCUAUUGUUGUGUAAUGUUGUUGUUGUUGUGUAAUGUUGUUGUUGUUGUGUAAUGUUGUUGUUGUUGUUAUGUAAUGUUGUUGUUGUUGUUGUGUAAUGUUGUUGUUGUUGUGUAAUGUUGUGUAAUGUUGUUGUUGUUGUUGUGUAAUGUUGUUGUUGUUGUGUAAUGUUGUUGUUGUUGUUGUGUAAUGUUGUAGAUCUCAGUAGAUGAACUGGAGUCCAGUAUCAGUGUUAAGAUCAGUAAGGAAGCUGUGAUGAGCAUCAACAGCCCUGAGAGUCUCUUUACGUCCGUUAACGGGAAACUGGAGACCAAGGUGUACAUUGCAGGGCUGCCCAACCGCACCGACAGCGUCAUCAAACCGGUAAACAGCCUGCUGCCGCAACACAACAACCAUAGAACAACCAUAGAACAACCAUACAACAACCAUACAACCAUAGAACAACAUACAACCAUAAAACAACCAUAGAACAACCAUAGAACAACCAUAAAACAACCAUAGAACAACCAUAGAACAACCAUACAACCAUAGAACAACCAUACAACAAUAGAACAACCAUACAACCAUAAAACAACCAUACAACCAUAGAACAACCAUACAACCAUAGAACAACCAAACAACCAUAGAACAACCAUAGAACAACCAUACAACCAUAGAACAACCAUACAAUCAUAAAACAACCAUAGAACAACCAUAUAACCAUAGAACAACCAUAGAAUAACCAUACAACCAUAAAACAACCAUAGAACAACCAUACAACAACCAUACAACAACCAUAGAACAACCAUACAACCAUAAAACAACCAUAGAACAACCAUAGAACAACCAUACAACCAUAGAACAACCAUACAACCAUAAAACAACCAUAGAACAACCAUAGAACAACCAUAGAACAACCAAACAACAACCAUAGAACAACCAUUACAUUUACGUUUACAUUUACGUCAUUUAGCAGACGCUCUUAUCCAGAGCGACUUACAAAUUGGUGCAUUCACCCUAUAGCCAGUGGGAUAACCACUUUACACUUCCCACCACUUUUUUUUUGGGGGGGGGGGUAGAAGGAUUACUUUAUCCUAUCCCAGGUAUUCCUUAAAGAGGUGGGGUUUCAAAUGUCUCCGGAAGGUGGUGAGUGACUCCGCUGUCCUGGCGUCGUGAGGGAGCUUGUUCCACCAUUGGGGUGCCAGAGCAGCGAACAGUUUUGACUGGGCUGAGCGGGAACUAUGCUUCCGCAGAGGAAGGGGAGCCAGCAGGCCAGAGGUGGAUGAACGCAAUGCCCUCGUUUGGGUGUAGGGACUGAUCAGAGCCUGAAGGUACGGAGGUGCCGUUCCCCUCACUGCUCCAUAGGCAAGCACCAUGGUCUUGUAACGGAUGCGAGCUUCAACUGGAAGCCAGUGGAGUGUGCGGAGGAGGGGGAUGACGUGAGAGAACUUGGGAAGGUUGAACACCAGACGGGCUGCGGCAUUCUGGAUGAGUUGUAGGGGUUUAAUGGCACAGGCAGGGAGCCCAGCCAACAGCGAGUUGCAGUAAUCCAGACGGGAGAUGACAAGUGCCUGGAUUAGGACCUGUGCCGCUUCCUGUGUAAGGCAGGGUCGUACUCUCCGAAUGUUGUAGAGCAUGAACCUGCAGGAUCGGGUCACCGCCUUGAUGUUAGCGGAGAACAACAGGGUGUUGUCCAGGGUCACGCCAAGGCUCUUCGCACUCUGGGGGAGGACACAACGGAGUUGUCAACCGUGAUGGCGAGAUCAUGGAACGGGCAGUCCUUCCCCGGGAGGAAGAGCAGCUCCGUCUUGCCAGGGUUCAGCUUGAGGUGGUGAUCCGUCAUCCAUACUGAUAUGUCUGCCAGACAUGCAGAGAUGCGAUUCGCCACCUGGUUAUCAGAAGGGGGAAAGGAGAAGAUUAGUUGUGUAUCGUCAGCGUAGCAAUGAUAGGAGAGGCCAUGUGAGGAUAUGACAGAGCCAAGUGACUUGGUGUAUAGGGAGAAAAGGAGAUGGCCUAGAACUGAGCCCUGGGGGACACCAGUGGUGAGAGCACGUGGUGCGGAGACAGCUUCUCGCCACGCCACUUGGUAGGACGCAAUCCAGGAGUGAGCCGCGCCGGAGAUGCCCAGCUCGGAGAGGGUGGAGAGGAGGAUCUGAUGGUUCACAGUAUCAAAGGCAGCAGACAGGUCUAGAAGGACAAGAGCAGAGGAGAGAGAGUUAGCUUUAGCAGUGCGGAGAGCCUCCGUGACACAGAGAAGAGCAGUCUCAGUUGAAUGACCAGUCCUGAAACCUGACUGGUUUGGAUCAAGAAGGUCAUUCUGAGAGAGAUAGCAAGAGAGUUGGCUAAAGACGGCACGCUCAAUAGUUUUGGAAAGAAAGAAGGGAUACUGGUCUGUAGUUGUUGACAUCAGUGGGAUCGAGUGUUGGUUUUUUGAGAAGGGGAGCAACUCUCGCUCUCUUGAAGACGGAAGGGACAUAGCCAGCGGUCAAGGAUGAGUUGAUAAGCGAGGUGAGGUAGGGGAGAAGGUCACCGGAGAUGGUCUGGAGAAGAGAGGAGGGGAUGGGGUCAAGCGGGCAGGUUGUUGGGCGGCCUGCAGUCACUAGUCGCAAGAUUUAUCUGGAGAGAGAGGGGAGAAAGAAGUCAAAGCAUAGGGUAGGGCAGUGUGAGCAGGACCAGCAGUGUCAUUAGACAUAACAAACGAGGAUCGGAUGUCGUCAACCUUCUUUUCAAAGUGGUUGACGAAGUCAUCCACAGAGAGGGAGGAGGGGGGGGGGGGGGGGGGGGGGGGGUGGGUGGGGGGGGGGGGUGUGGGUGGGGGUGGGGGGGGGUGGGGGGGGGGGGGGGGGAGAUUCAGCAGUGAGGAGAAAUGUGGCAAAGAGCUUCCUAGGGUUAGAGGCAGAUGCUUGGAAUUUAGAGUGGUAGAAAGUGCCUUAGCAGCAGAAACAGAUGAAGAAAAUGUAGAGAGGAGGAGUGAAAAGAUGCCAGGUCGGCAGGGAGUUUUAGUUUUCUUCCAUUUCCGCUCAGCUGCCCGGAGCUCUGUUCUGUGAGCUCGCAAUGAGUCAUCAAGCCACGGAGCUGGAGGGGAGGACCGAGCCGGCCGGGAGGAUAGGGGACACAUGGAGUCAAAGGAUGCAGAAAGGGAGGAGAGGAGGGUUGAGGAGGCAGAAUCAGGAGAUUGGAGGGAGAAGGAUUGAGCAGAGGGAAGAGAUGAUAGGAUGGAAGAGGAGAGAGUAGUGGGAGAACAAUCAUAGAACAACCAUAGAACAACCAAACAACCAUAGAACAACCAUAGAACAACCAUACAACCAUAGAACAACCAUACAACCAUAAAACAACCAUACAACAACCAUACAACCAUAGAACAACAUACAACCAUACAACAACCAUAGAACAACCAUAUAACAACCAUAGAACAACCAUAGAACAACCAUAGAACAACCAUAUAACCAUAAAACAACCAUAGAACCAUAGAACAACCAUAGAACAACCAUACAACCAUAGAACAACCAUAGAACAACCAUACAACCAUAGAACAACCAUACAACCAUAGAACAACCAUACAACCAUAAAACAACCAUACAACAAUAGAACAACCAUACAACCAUAUAACAACCAUACAACCAUAGAACAACCACAGAACAACCAUAGAACAACCAUACAACCAUAGAACAACCAUAGAACAACCAUAGAACCAUAGAACAACCAUAGAACAACCAUACAACCAUAAAACAACCAUAGAACAACCAUACAACCAUAAAACAACUAUAGAACAACCAUAUAACCAUAGAACAACCAUAGAACAACCAUACAACCACAGCA